CACGGAGUCACCUAAAACAGCCAGCUAAACAGAGGAAAGCAGGAGCCUUGUCUUUCUUCUUCUGUUGCAACAUUCAGCAGAAAAUUCGGGCAACAGAGGAAAGAAAAAGCUUUGAACUGAAAAGCUCACUCCUUCCUCUCAGUCUCUCAGUCUCUCAGUCAGUCAGUGCAGGGCUCUAAUGACAGAUAACAAUCAAAAUGACAGGUUAAUGUCAGUUGAUAAUUUGUUCGGAAAGCUUCCUGAUCAUCUCGUAAUAGAAAUUUUCAUCCGAGUUCCUGUCUCAGAGUGGGCACAAAUCUCCUGCGUUAAAAAACAGUGGGCCAAUUUGUUUCACGGAGAACUCUUGUGGCAAGCUGCUCUUGCUAUGACAUUUCCUUUGGCUAGCCAAGCUAAAAGGUGGCCGGGACCUAUCCCUCGAGGAUUGAGCAAGAGGAGAUUUGAAGCUUUAUAUGUCAGUAAACAUAUAUUUUCUCUGGAUGGCGAGAUUGAUGAGAUCGUGGGCCAUAGUUUUAUGUUUCUAAAAGAGCAGCUUGAGCGUUCAACCAUGCCACCCUCUUCUAGUAUACUGCACGGAACCCUCAUAGCAGAUCAGUUUAUUGCUUGUGGGAAAUCGAGGGUCAUGGCUCAUGAUCUUGCUUCCCAGAUCUGGCUGGCUGUUCUCGACAAUUUAGAGGAAAAUGAGAAAACUUUUCAAUUACUUAAACGUCUUGCACAAGAGGCUGAUGUUUUUCUCCCGUACCCAUACUCAAGAUCGAUCAAAGUCCAAUGGAGGGUGUUUGAAAAGCUCUUCACAGAUUUUCGCGACUGCUUCAAUCAUGUAGAUUAUUAUGAUGUGCUGGGUUGUGCAAAGAACAAUUUUCAGCCAUUACCAUCCACUUGGUUAGGUUACUGAUCAACCUUAAGUGCACAUCUUUUUCGGAUUAGUCACAAGUACAUUCGUAUAUAUGGAAGUCACAAGAGUUACGCUUGAAUGUUGUUGUAUAAAGAUGUUUUUUUUUUCUCCUUUUUUUGGCUAACUGGCCUUGUGUGGCCAACAAUUAUAUAUAGUGCAAUUUGAAAUUCUUAUUAUUCUUUGUAUUA